UUAUCGGUUUUGCAGUCUCCUCAUAGCCACAUCCCGUACGGAACAGAUGGGUCUGGGUUCUACUCAGAUAACACCAUUGGAUGUUAUAACGUAAUCUUAGAGUCCGCGCCUCUAGUACUAGAGAGUGUCAGAUCAGUUUUAGUGAGGCCUAGGUCGGCUUUCACAAUUGCAGACUACGGAUGUGCAGACGGGGGUACCUCUAUGCCAUUGCUUUACGCAUGCGUGAAAGAAUUACGAAAAAUUCAUGGUGACGAUUUGCCCAUUCAAGUGAUUUACGAGGAUCAGCCCGUCAAUGAUUUCAAAUCCUUGUUCCUUCGUCUGCAAGGUUAGUCUUUGAAAAUUUGAAGCUUUUCUUCGAUCCGCGGAUGGGUUUAGUCAGUGCUUGAGUCUUCUGUGGCAGUUGACUCGCCCCUCAUACUCUCCUUCGCUCCAGCGAUAAGAAGGCCUGCUCUGCGGGCUUUAGAAUGAAGAACCAGUACAUCGCGGUCCAUAAUUCUCUUAUCUCUUCUUUGCAGGUCUAAUACCAGGCCCAAAAAGCUACGUCUCAGAUUUCUCCAAUGUAUUCGUCACAGCGUGCGGCACAAGCUUCUACAGUCAAUGUCUUCCUCCUGAGUCUCUAAAUUUGAUAUUUUCAUCCACUGCCAUGCACUGGCUCCGUGAAAAACCUUGCAAUGUGACAGGGGCGUUACAUCACACUAUGAUCACCCUUCCGGAGGAGGCUGAGAAAUUUAGGAAUCAAGCCGCAAAGGACUGGGAAACUUUGCUACUGGCGAGAGCGAAAGAACUAGCACCAAGUAUGAUUAUGGUGUCAUACUGAUAGGGAAUCACGCAACAUCAUUUUUGAUUCGUGUUAAAGGCGCUCUGUGACCCUAACUGAAUGUCAACUUUCAUAAGUGUCAAGGAUACUAUUCAGUUAAGCGCCACACUAAGCCGUAAACGGUUGGUGCAUGGUACUGUUUUAAAUUAAGAGGAAUACAAUCUCGAUGUCUUCACUUUUUUUUCCGGCCAUUUACCCCUCAUUAUCAGCUAGUCAAACUUUCCAUUCGGGCUGUUAAACUCCUACGGUAUCUCAGCAAUUCUGAAUGACAGGGACUCUCUAUAGGGACUUUCUUUCGUUUAAUUCAAAUUUUGCCCACUUGUAACCAAAACUCAUAGCUUCAAGUGGUAGCACUUAUCGUACAGUUAUCUGCAAUUUUCCCUUGAUCCUCUCCUCAUCCAAGCUAUCCUUAGUGGUUAACUUCAGUCUUUGAAUUAUUUUUCAGGUGGCAGAAUGGUUCUUGUUCAGUUUGCAGUUGACGGUGAAGGACAAUACCUUGGGACAACGAAGAACACACCAGCCUCCAUGCAUCACACAAUGAAAGAUUUGUGGAAACUAUUAGUUCACGAUGGAGUCAUAACACAGGUCAGAACCAAAAGUGCCUCUUUCCCUCCUCUCUCUUCCCCCCUCUCCCCCCCCCCCCACCCACACACACCCUCAACACCUCAACAUGACAAGUGUGGUAUUACAGGGACCCCUGGUCCUCUCGAGCGGCACAAUUUCUACUGGCCGCAGAAAGUGGGCCCUUUUGUGUAACUAUCUCGCUUCGCACUAUUGGCUAUUUUCAGGUUCUCGGAUUUCAGGGGUGCGAUAGCGCUUCCAUUUUUAAAUGGUACAAAAACAACUGUGGUAGUAUUCUAAGUUGUCAUGAGAAACUGUCCGAUUUUAUCUCUAAGAAAGCACUUUUAACUGCUGUCUUUGUGAUGCCGUUUUGGCUUUCCCUUCCGCGGAGUUUUACCCAACUUUAUAAUCGACGUGAUUUUGUUCCCAAAUUCUAAAGGCUCCUCGGUAAUUAUUUCAGCCACUGUCAGGCUUUAGAGGUCAAUUAUUCCAUCCACCGAAACAGAUGGACUUUACUAUGUUUGAGGGAAAAAUAUCAUUGAUUUCUUGAUAAAUGUUACGUAUUGGUGACCGAAAUGCAAAAGGUAUUUUCGGUCUUGUAGUGAAUUUUAAACACUAAGUAAUUUAUAUUUAAUCACUUUGCAAUUAGGAAGAAUUCAACAAGACGACAUUUGUCAACUAUUACCGCACAGUAAAUGAGUUUAAAAAACCAUUUGAAUCCGCGGACUCGCCCGUUCGAAAAGCUGGUUUGUCUCUCGUCUCCAUAGAAACCAAAGUGGUACCCUGCCCUUACCGAGAAAAAUGGCUCAAGAACGGUGGUGAUCCUAAAGCGCACGCACGUUGGUUCAUUCCCACGACAAGGACUUGGAGCAAUGCGACAUUUACGUCUGGUAAGACGUCAUUUUUC